AUUCAACGAGCGAUCCUGACAAUCAAAAAAAGAUGGCUGCGCCCUUGAUGAGGCAACUUUUUCUCCGGCGACGUUCAAGACAAAGCCAAAGCUAUGCAGUUCGAUUUUUCGCUGUGCGUGGAUCUGGCGCUCAUGGAGAAAGUGAAACUGAUCAAGACAGACAAACAGAAACACACUUUGGGUUUCAGUCCGUACCUGAAGAGGAAAAGGAACAAAAAGUACAUGAAGUAUUUAGUAAUGUGGCCAAGACCUAUGACCUCAUGAAUGAUGUGAUGAGUGGAGGACUGCACCGCGUGUGGAAGGAUGUGUUCAUGGACAGGUUCUCCCCUGCGCCUGGGACAAAACUGCUGGAUGUUGCCGGGGGAACAGGGGAUAUUGCACAAAGAUUUCUCAAAUAUGUGAGAAGUCCUACUCACAUUGACCUUGACUCUGACUUGAGCGCAGACAUAGAACUUCCGCGUGACAUCACAGCACAGGUUUACAUGGACCCUGCUGAAGACACCACUGAUUGGUCUUCAUCUUCAUCCUCUGAUGAAGAAGAAAGGAGAAAAAAUUCAUCAUCCAGGUACAUUCAGCGACCCGACCAGAACGGCAGUCAUGUGACUGUGUCUGACAUCAACCAGGACAUGCUGGACGUUGGGAGGGAGAAACUGCUGCAACUAGGCUACAAUGCUGGUAUUUCCUGGUUUCAAGGCAACGCAGAAAGCUUGCCCUUCUCAGACGGAGAGUUUGAUGCCUACACUAUUGCUUUUGGCAUCCGUAACUGCACCCAUGUACAGCAGGUAAUUAAUGAAGCGUACCGUGUGCUGAAGCCAGGGGGGCGAUUCAUGUGUUUAGAGUUCAGCGAAGUGCCAAACCCUUUACUGCGCAGUGUGUAUGAUAGCUACUCAUUUCAAGUGAUUCCUGUGAUGGGCCAGGUCAUCGCCAGUGACUGGAAGUCCUACCAGUACUUGGUGGAGAGUAUACGAAGAUUUCCCAACCAGAAAGACUUUGCCAACAUGAUCAAAGCCGCAGGAUUUCGAAUGGUGAGAUAUGAGAACUUGACCUUUGGGGUUGUUGCUAUUCAUUCAGGCUUCAAGAUAUGAUUGACAGAUGGACGAAAGGACUUUCUGAUCUCGUGCAUGGUGUAUGUCAGGGAAGGCUGUGGGAAUCAAUUGUUGUGUUUGCUGUGCUGUUUCCAUUCUCCGAUGCUGGCUUGACGAAGGCGAAGCUGUGAAAUAUGUGUCUUUACAGUCAACGUGCAGAGAGUCUGAGUGUGUCAGGGAGAGCACCAAAAUGCAGAGCAGACGCAACUUUCGUUAUACCCAGACUGCUGGAGUAAGAGUAAGACUUCUGUUUCUGGAAGCUGGCAUGGAAUUUUCGAUACAUUGAUUACUUCCCACAGAAAUUAUAAAUAAAGAAAGGCUUUCUUUUUCCUGA